GGCUUUCCUACAGGUGGCCUGAAAUGGAUCGAGAGUUGGCGCAGGUGUUCUGCCGCUGCCCCCUGCAGCCUCGUGAUCCAUUCGAGGGCCACCCGUCAUACGUCACACUGGGCGCUUUGGAGGGGGCCUGAAGGGCACGCGUGGCCAGAUCCUGCGACGACUUUUUGACGACUUAGGCAUUGGCUCAAGGUUCAGGUGUUCUGCCUGGCCCUUCGCCCUGCUCCACUUUGUGGGGUUUUUUUCCGUGCCUCGGAAGGUCGCUGCUUGGCUGACACUUUAUUGGCACGACUCGGCCAGAGAAGGACUAGAUCAAGGCCUGCCUGCCACCUGCACUUGUGCCGCCUGCCACCUGUGCUACUCCCUACUACCUACUAGCCCAAGCUCACUGCGGCCAGUCGCUGCCCGCCGAGUCCUACUGUACCUGCCACCUACCCGGCCUAUCCGCACCAUCCCAACUCUCGAUCCUGCCCGCCGUCGUGUUUGUCGAUAUCUGGCUGGCCCAAACACGCAAACAAGGUCCUGAAACCGAAGCCGCGCUGGAGGUGCCCAACCCGACCAGCUCCUCCACACCCAACUGCCACCACCCUUGCCAAGGCCCCCACAACCCGCGCGCCCGCUGGAUGACGACCAUGCUCGCGUCCAACAUCCUCCAGUCCCCAAACGCCAUACCGCCGAGAACCUCCUCGACCGGCGUCUACCCCAUCACCCACGCGCCCUCCAAACCCGUACUCCGGCCGCUGCCCGAGGCCGACUGGAUCGCCAAGAGCCCGCCGCCGCCCUCGCCCCACGCACACGCACACGCCCCCGCCGCCAACACGAACGGCAUGGCUGGCAGCGCCGCCCCCGCCCCCGCAGCAACCACCAACGGACACCACCCGCGCGUCAACCCACGCAAGGCCUCGGCCGGCAGGAGCUCGCAGGCCCCGGCGGCGAGCAUGCAGCCGCCCGCGCCGUCCAGCUUCGACGCGGGCCGCUACGCCCACGAGGACUUCAACUUCACCACGACCAAGCGCACCUGGUCCGACCACAAGGAGAAGAUAAUAAGCGGGCCCUUCGACUACCUCUACGGCCACCCAGGCAAGGACUUCCGCACCCAGGUCAUCACGGCCUUCAACGCCUGGCUCGAGGUGCCGCCUGAGAGCCUCGAGGUCAUAACCAAGGUGGUGGGCAUGCUGCACACGGCGUCGCUGCUGAUCGACGACGUCGAGGACUACUCGUCGCUGCGCCGCGGCCUGCCCGUCGCCCACAGCAUCUUUGGCGUGCCCCAGACCAUCAACAGCGCAAACUACAUAUACUUUUGUGCCCUGCAGGAGCUGCAGAAGCUGCACAACCCAAACACGCUCACCAUAUUCGCCGACGAGCUGCUCAACCUGCACCGCGGCCAGGGCAUGGACCUCUUCUGGCGCGACACCCUCACGUGCCCGACCGAGGACGACUACCUCGAGAUGGUGGGCAACAAGACGGGCGGGCUCUUCCGCCUGGGCAUCAAGCUGAUGCAGGCCGAGUCGCGCUCCCAGAUCGAGUGCGUCCCGCUCGUCAACAUCGUCGGGCUCAUCUUCCAGAUCCGCGACGACUACCUCAACCUCUUCUCGAAGGAAUACAGCGAGAACAAGGGCAUGUGCGAGGACCUGACCGAGGGCAAGUUCUCCUUCCCCGUCAUACACAGCAUCCGCACCGACCCGGCCGACCUGCAGCUCCUCAACAUACUCAAGCAGAAGACGACCAACGAGGACCUGAAGCGCUACGCCGUCUCGUAUAUGGAGAAAACGGGCAGCUUCGACUACACGAGGAGGGUCCUGGCCGUGCUCAUCGAGCGCGCCCGCAAGAUGACGGACGAGAUCGACGGCGGCAGGGGGAAGAGCGAGGGCAUCCACAAGCUCUUGGACAAGAUGAUAGUUGCGUCAUGAUGAGUUUAGCAGGGUGGGGGCCAAUGAGGCGGCUUUUUUGUUUCUUGAUGCGAUCAUGGUGCCCACCGCGUAAAAGAUAAAAUGAGCAAGCACGGUGGAGCGGAAAAUGACGAGUUUUAUUUAGCAUGGAAGAUACCACGCUCACGGAGCGCAACUAGCACGAUGUUUUUUUUACGGUAUUAUGACGGCGCGGGAAUAUCGACUGGAGAUUUCCCACCCAUCCUAUCCUGUGUUUAUUUAUAGGCAGUCUUGCCGCGUAUCGGCUUUGAAUCCGGAUGCCGCGUAUGGUCUGAUGGGUUGGGGUUGCAAGAAAUUUGUGACGACAUACUGCAAUUGGAUUUCAGGGCCCGAAGGGUGCAAUCUGGCAUUGUUUUCUUGACUAUAUCUGUUGGGGGUACGACACGGGGGUAUCCAGCCGAAAAAUGGGACGGGAAAUCGGGAAACAGCCUAGCGAAACACCGAGACGAGACAAUAGCAUCUGUGGCACGCCA